GUGUUUUCAAGAUAUUUCGGUACCGAGUAGUACAAGGUGUGGUGAAAGUGAAUAGGUCCGCCACAAAUAAAAAUCAAUCUCCAUCUGAAUAGGUGUAAAUUCUUUCACAUUUUUGGAUUUCAUGUACUCAUAUAUAGUAAAAACUUUCAUACCUGCUAAUGGAUAUUGAAGAUUUAUCUGCCGAACACGAUAGACCAGAGACAGAAUCUUCUGUACUAGUAAAGACAAGAUUUAGAAAUAAAAAGCAAAAUAUUACUGAGGAUUUGUGUCUUAGUAGUAACCUACCCGAAAAGUUUCGUGUUUUUGUACAAACAUGGGGUUGUGCACAUAAUACUAGUGACAGUGAAUAUAUGACCGGGCUGCUAGCCAAAUAUGGAUAUCAAGUUACACUGGAUGGUUCACAGUUUACAAAUGGUUGUGAGUCGGAGGGAGAUAUCAAUUCUACAUCAGAUUUAGCUUGUGGAUGCCAAGACAACGGUGAUCAAUGCUGUUCAAAAGAAAAAAGUUCGGAUAAAAGCAAAGCUGUACUUUCAAAUUGCGAUGCGAAAAAGAAUGCAGAUGUUUGGGUUUUGAACAGCUGUACAGUUAAAGGUCCUGCUGAAGAUCACUUUCGAAAUGCUGUUUUAGAGGGAAUAAAACUUGGCAAACGUGUUGUUGCCGCUGGUUGUGUACCGCAAAGUCGACCAGGUGCAGAUUACUUAAAGGGUGUUAGUGUUAUUGGUGUGCAUCAAAUUGAUCGUAUUGUUGAAGUUGUUGAAGAAACAUUACAAGGAAAUGUGGUACGAUUUUUGGAUAAAAAGUAUACAUCAUCAGAUACAUCUAAUUCAAUGAUAAAUUCAUCAUCGUCAUCAUCACCAGCUGGUAUAGCAUUAGAUUUACCGAAAAUUCGACGUAAUCCAUUAAUUGAAAUAUUGGCUAUAAGUACAGGUUGUUUAAAUGCAUGUACAUAUUGUAAAACAAAACAAGCACGUGGUAUAUUAGCUAGUUAUCCUAUUGAACAAUUAUUAGAUCGUGCUAAACAAGCAUUUAAAGAAGGUGUUAAGGAACUAUGGCUUACUUCAGAAGAUCUUGGUGCUUACGGCCGUGAUUUGGACAGGACUACAUCAUCUCUUAUUUGUCCUGGAUUAUCUGAAAAAUGGCCUCAUCACAUUACACUUGCUGAUCUAUUGGCUGGUCUUGUCCCAAUUAUUCCUGCUGGGUGUAUGUUACGUUUGGGUAUGACAAAUCCGCCAUAUAUAUUAGAUCAAUUAGUUGAAAUCGCGGAAGUAUUGUCACAUCCUAGAGUGUAUUCAUUUCUUCAUAUUCCUGUUCAAUCUGGUUCAGAUGCUGUAUUAGAUGCAAUGAAAAGGGAGUAUACUAUAGAAGAAUUCUCAAAUGUUGUAGAUUAUCUUAUGCAAAAUGUGAAACCGCCAAAUUUACCUCCUGGUGCACCACAUGAUACUGUAAAUGGAUCUGGGGCGCUUACAAUUGCCACUGAUGUGAUAUGCGGUUUCCCAACUGAAACGGAUAACGAUUUUAAUGAAACUGUUGAAUUAAUUGAAAAGUAUCAAUUUCCUGUAUUACAUAUAAAUCAGUUCUUUCCACGUCCCGGUACACCUGCCGCUAAUAUGCCAAGAAAAGCUAGUUCUUCUGAAGUAAAAUCUCGUACACGUAGAUUACAUGAUCUUUUCAGAAGUUAUCGAACUUAUGAUGGUCGUAUCGGUUGUGAAGUUCGUGUUCUUAUUACUGAACCGAGUUUUGAUGGUAAAUUUUGGGUUGGUCAUACAAAAGCUUAUGAACAAAUUUUAUUACCAAAAGAUCCGAAUGUUUAUGGUCGUAUAGUCCUUGUACGUAUCACAGAAUGUGAUAAAUUUUUUAUGCGUGGUAUCAUUAUUGAUUCUGGACCAUUGGAUUCUAUUGUUUUCUCAAAUAAUAAUUUCAAUUUAUCAUCUUUACCUUUAUUAAUACAAAAUUCAAUUCAAUUAUCUAAAAUAAAUUAUACUACUGGGGUAAAACCAAAUCAAUUUAGUAUAUAUACAUGGAUUAAUUCAUUACGAAGUGAUAAAACAUUGGCAUUUUACAUGGGUUAUACGAUACUUAUAAUAGCUGGAAUCUGUUCCGCAUGGAAAUUUACAGAUUUGGAUCUAUACAAGACGUUUUCUCUUACUUGAUUCUAUAUGUCAUUGAAAUGUUGUGAUAAAUUGACUAUGUAUAUACAUUUGAUUUUUGUUCUAUUUCGAAUAAUACAUCUAUUCAGAAGUAA